AUAACAUUUGAAAAGCCUGGAGAGAGGGGCGCGUGUAGAUGUGGGUGUGGUCGGUGUGUCUGUGUGAGCUAAUGAGCGGAACAACGCUAACACCGCAGGCGGUGAGCAACUUAAUCAGUCUGAACGUUGGAGGCAUUGGGCGGCAGCAACUCUCCGCUUCCCUCGUUAACUCCUACCGAGUCGCCGCCGUCGCCGAGCGCUUGGCGGCUCACGUCAAAUCUGGCUAUCGCGGCGAGGCCAUGGAGUUCUUCAAUCUCUGCCUUUCCCUUUCCAGAGGCAUUGACUAUGCCGUUGCAAACAAUGAGGUUCCGGCGAUUGCUCAAGAUUUACCUGGGUUGUUGAAGCAGAUAUGCCAACGCAAGAGUGAUAAGGUUUUGGAAGCUGCUAUCAUGGUGCUGAUGAUUUCUGUUAAGAAUGCUUGUAGGGCAGGAUGGUUUUCGGAUAAGGAGACUGAAGAACUUUUUUCUCUAGCUAAUGAGAUAGGAAGUAGCUUCUGCAGCUUGGGGGAUGUUAAAACUGGAGCUAGCUGUUCUCUUUCUGUAAUAGACACAAUUAUGGAAAGGUAUUAUCCAAUGAUGAAGAUGGGCCAAAUACUUGCCUCUCUCGAAGUCAAGCCGGGAUAUGGGGCACAUGUGCUUGAUUUCCAUAUUUCGAAGACUACACAAUAUUCUCCGCAAGAAAAAAUUCGAUUAUUUGUAGCACAAACAGAUAAUUUAGAGACAUCUGCCUGUAUUAUAAGUCCGCCACAAGUGAACUUUCUGCUAAAUGGAAAGGGAGUAGAUAGAAGGAUCAACGUUACAAUGGAUACUGGACCCCAGGUGCCUUCAGUAGUGACUGGAAUGCUUAAGUUUGGAUCAAAUCUUCUGCAAGCUGUGGGUCAGUUCAAUGGUAACUAUAUCAUAGUGGUUGCCUUUAUGAGCCUCACGCCAUCACCUGACACUCCAGCACUGAAAGAUUAUACUCAGCCCACUGUCUCUCCUUCAGAUUCAGAUCCUGAUAUAAUAGAGGGGCCAUCAAGGAUUUCUCUCAAUUGUCCCAUAAGUUAUACACGUAUAAAAACUCCUGUCAAAGGACAUUUUUGCAAACAUCUUCAGUGUUUCGACUUCAGUAAUUAUGUCAAUAUAAAUUUAAGACGACCUUCUUGGCGCUGCCCCCAUUGUAAUCAGUAUGUCUGCUAUUUGGACCUUCGCGUGGAUCAAAAUAUGGUUAAGGUCCUGAGAGAGGUAGGAGAGAACGUCGCUGAAGUGAUAAUCUCUAUGGAUGGAUCAUGGAAAGCUGUACUGGAGAAUGGUGAGGACUUAGGUCAGGCACAUGAUAAGACCCUUCAAAGAGAAACAUCUGAACAGGAAGAAUCUACCCAUGUCUCAUCUGCACUUCCUAUUGUUUUGGAUCUUACCGAGGAUGAUACUGAGAUGGACGCUGUGAGUACCUGUGAAACCGAAGACGUGAAACCUCUUUGCAACACAAACGGGGUUAAUCAAACUGUUCCUGCUCAUCUAGAGGAUGACUUUUGGUCUGGCAUUUACUUUCCUAAUGGUUCGUUGACCUCCGGUAUAAGGUCAGACACCCAAAUGGAUGGUGGUAUCCCGCACCCUGGUCCUGCAAAUUUUUUACAGCCGCCUGUGUUGACUGAUGCUAUUUCUCCUGUGCUUGAUCGAGGAACUGAGAGCCAUGGGAACACUAAUCCUGUGGCAUCUGCAAUGCUUACUCAAUAUUCUUCUUCCAAUAAUUUGCAGUUACAACAGCCGCAGUUUGCAAGUUCAAAUGUUACUGUUAGCAGUGAGUAUGGGAGAUUUGCGAACAUAGUAUUACCCAGGACACCAACAGCAGUUCAGGCCCUUCCUGCCUGGACGCCAGGAUUGCAGCAAAGAUCAAGAACUAGUUUCAAUACUCCCCCUAGUGCCUCUCUUCUUUCACAGGUUGGCCAAUCUGUCACACCUACAGCAAAUGGUGUCAAUGCAGUAUGUAGUGAUAUGGAAAGGCAGCAACAUUUUUCUAGGGCCCGAAUGAAUCCGCCUCAAGUGUCAAAUGUCGCUCCUCCUUCAAUGCAACCUCCAUCACAAAUAACACAGAACUGGGAUUGUCAUGGCCAAUCUGCCCAACAGGUUGUUGGCCUUCCAGCUCCGAGUCAAAUGCAGAGUGCUAACCAGACAUCUGUUGGGCUUAUGGAGUUCCAAAAUGCACAUCUGCAGCAAGCUCUUAAUCCAAUGACUCCCCAGACUGUGGGUCCGUUUUCAAGCGCCAAUGGAUCAUCUUCUCAUCUCUUGCGGGCUCAAAUCCAGCAAGGAAGUGUACGAGUUGGGACUGGUCAAACAUCAAGUUCUUUAAACAACCAACAAAGGUUCAUGAUUGCUCAGCAGCGGCGAGCUGCUAUGAUGGCCAGGCAGUCUCCAUCAACGCCAGAUCAAAAUCAAUCCCCGAGAAACAGGCCAAUUUUGGCGGCAAAUGCUGAAGGUUUUAGGUCAGCAGCAAUGGAGCAGGGCAGAAACAUAGUGGGAACGGUGCAAGCAGUUUCUGGGGCUGAUGGAUCACCAGAUUUGUCAUCUGGGGAGAACUGGCGACCAACAGGUCGGAUGCGUGGAAGCCUGUCAGGCCGUGCUUACUCUGCUGCUCUUAACCAGUUCAUAAUUCAGCCAACCCAACCAACGCCAGCUGCUCCAAGACCGCCGUCAAAUCUGUCCGCUCCACCACAUCUUGUUGCCGCCCAACAGACAUUGAUUGCAAACGGGAGCACUCAGGUUCCUCUAACAAAUAAUAGCCAUCCACAGUAGAUUCGAUCUUGUCAAGAGUCGAAGGCAUAUGUAUUCUGCCAUGGGGUUCUUUUAGGCUGCUGUAUAUAAGGUAGUUGGUCAAUUUUGUGUUCAGUGGUGAACCGGUCAAGCUAAUUUAGGACAAUGUUCUGGUUUUAGGUGAUAUUUAGGGCUCCUGAAUUGGGCGGUUUCGACCGAAAAAUGAAGAAUUGGACGAUUCGGGGGUCGGCUUGUGAAUUUUAACAUGCAGCUUCUGACUGCGUUAGUUGUAAUGAUGCUGUAGUUGACAGAUUUUACUCUGCUGCUAAUUAUCCAUGAUAAUUUAUAUCUAAACGUUCUGAGUUA